AUGACACACUCGCACGCUCCUGAAGCUAGCAGCUCUGUUUCCCUCUCCGCAGAAACGGUGACAUUGGUGCAUGCUUUCCUGCAUACUCAUGUGCCCAAGCUUGCGGCAAAGUUGGCUGCCAAGUUCCCCAAUCUAUCCUUGGAAGAGCAAACCCAGAACGCUGAAGCGCGUUCCAAUGCACUUGUGAGCACAGUCCAUUCUGCUCUUCAGGUCAAGGGCUCUGACAUCUACAAGUCCUUUUCUGAAGAUAUGCAUGUUGAGGAGGAGCGCGUGAAAAAGCGCAAGGUGCCAAAGGCGUCUCAUGAUCAAGAAUCCGCGUCCAAGAAGAAGAAGUCCAAGGAAAAACAGCCAAAAGACCAAAUUGAAAAAGAAGAGAAAGAGCCUGUGGCAAAUCCACCCGUACAAGAACCUGGUGCGUCUGACGCGGAGCGUCCUCAAGGCGUGAAUAUGGACGAGACUCCUUCGCCUCCCAAGAAGAGCAAGGGUCCGAAACAAGGCGAGCGAUUUCAGCGCGUAAGGUCCGACAAGGUCGAAUUUCAAGAUGAUCGACUGAGAGAUAUGAGCUACGAUGCCAAGUCUGGUGCGGGUGAUUGGGGCGCACGGGCAAACGCGGACUUGAUUGUGACGCGCGGCAAAUCCUUCACGAAGGAGAAAAACAAGAAAAAGCGCGGCAGUUAUCGUGGUGGUGUCAUAGACCAGGGUUCUCAUUCUAUCAAAUUCACAUACGAUGACGAAUAA